UAUAUAUAUUUUUAUAUAUAUAUGAUAUUGCAAAGCUGAAGAAGACUUAUUGGUUCUUUCUCUUUUGUGUUCUUCCUGUGGCAGCAACAACUAUCUUCUUCUCAACCAGAAAUGAUGGAGGAUUUCUUGGUUUUUGUCUCCCUCUGGUGAAAACAAAAUCCCAGGUUUUGUGUUAGGGGAAAAAGAAAAAAAAAAUUCCCAUUUGAGAGAAAAUACAUAUAGGAGGCAAAAAGCAAAAUCCUUUUCCCAUUAGAGAGAAAGAAACAAUAGAGUUUGGAGGAAUUAAAGAGGCUGGAGAAGAAAGACAAAAGUUUUGAAUAAAAUUCUCCUUAUCUCUAGCUAGCUUUGUUUUAUCCUUUUGCCCUCCUCCAAUGUCAAACAUAACAGCCGGGGAUGGUGGGAGCUUCUCUUCUGGAACUAAUGGUGGAGAAGAAGUUCAGCAGCAGCCUGUCAACAACCUCCAUGGCUUAAGCUCAUCAGUGCCUUCAUCUACAAGUAACAACAGCAAUGGCUCCAUCUCUCAGCAGCAGCCUCCACCAGCCAAGAAGAAAAGGAAUCUCCCAGGAAACCCAGAUCCAAGUGCAGAAGUGAUAGCUCUAUCACCAACAACCCUAAUGGCAACAAACAGGUUUGUGUGUGAGAUUUGUAACAAAGGGUUCCAAAGAGAUCAAAACCUUCAAUUACACAGGCGAGGGCAUAAUCUACCAUGGAAGCUGAGGCAAAGAUCAAGCACAGAGAUCAGGAAAAGGGUGUAUGUAUGCCCAGAACCCUCGUGUGUUCACCAUAACCCAGCUCGAGCACUAGGUGAUCUUACAGGGAUAAAGAAGCAUUUCUGCAGAAAACAUGGGGAGAAGAAAUGGAAGUGUGACAAGUGCUCCAAGAAGUAUGCAGUUCAGUCUGACUGGAAAGCCCACUCCAAGACCUGUGGCACCAGGGAGUAUAAGUGUGACUGUGGCACUAUCUUCUCCAGAAGAGAUAGCUUCAUCACUCAUAGGGCUUUUUGUGAUGCCCUAGCUGAAGAAAACACCAAAGUGAAUCAAGGUCUAGCAAACACCAUGAGACGCAACUUACAAAUACAAGGCCAGGUCUCUGAGCUGUUGUCCUCCAUGCCUCUAAACAACAACGCUAAUUCAACAAUGGGGUUGUCCGAGUUUACUCACUCUGAUUCCAAAAACCAUCUUAAAACCCUACCCCAUGAGCCCAUGCCUGUACCUCCAAAGCCCUUGAACAUGGCAGCUGCUGGCAUGUUCUCAACCACCUCUGGAAGCCUCUUUGGGUGCCCAAUAACCGCUUCGUCUCCUUCGUCCUCAUCCCGCCUUCAGCUCAGUACUAAUUCAUCAUCACCCAGCUUUGAAAAUGGACAGCAACUACCGCCGCCGCCAGCGUCAACGCUCAUGUCUGCAACGGCACUGCUGCAGAAAGCAGCCCAAAUGGGAGCAACUGCAAGUACUAAAAUGAAUAACUCUCCAACAAAGGGCUUUGUGACAAGCAUGGCUCCAACCCCAUUUGGUGGGAUACUUCUACAGAAGAACAGUAGCUCAAAUGAUCACCACCUCCAAGCUGAUCCAACCCAGUUUCUAAACCAGUUUUUUUAUCAGAAUGAUGGGGCUGAGAGUGAGGUGAUGAGCGAAAUGGGGAUGUUCUCAGGACUGUUUGAUCAAAACCAUGGACUGUUCAAGAACAUGGAGCAUCAUGAACAUAGCAACAGUAACAACAUUUUGGCUGCUAAAACUACAAAUCCAGGGUUAAGUAGCACUCCAAGAAAUGGAAAAACUGAUACGAUGACAGUCGAUUUCUUGGGGAUCGGAGGAGCCCGGCCUGGGAAUUUCCAUGGACAGCAGCAGCAGCAGCAAGAAAUGUUUGAAGGAAUGAAUAUAAACCACCCAAGAAUGCAAGGUUUUAGUAGCUUUGAGCAGCACAUCGCACAUGGGCAAGCAGCAAUGGAGAAGACCAUGUGGGAGGCUUGAAGUUUUCUCCUUUUUCUUCACUUUGUGAUAGUUCUUUAGAACUAAAUGUAAUGAGUUCUUCUAUCUUUAUUGUUCUUUCGUUUUUUUCUUUCAAUUAUGCGAGGAACCAGAAGUGUCUUGCAGAAGUGCGAGGCAUGUUGAGAGUUCAGGUGAUUACUCAAUGAAGAUGAUAGAAAUGGUAGGUUUUAUUAA